AUGAGAGGAAAUGAAGGUUACGUGACUCCAGGUCCAACUGCCACUGCCAAUGCUCCUUCCACUUACACUGGUUGCCAUCUUCAUGGCAGCAACGUUCUGCAUGAACGGUCAGGAGAAGCUGAGUUCGUCAAGGAGGAUGGCGGCCACGGUAGCCAUGGUGGCCACGACCACGGCCUGGCCACCACCACUGCUUCUGGCGCCUCGGCCCACGACGGCCACUCCCACGCUGCUAGCAAUUCUGCCGGUUCUGCUUCUUCCUCAGCUCCUGUUACAACCUCUGGCUCUGCUUCAGCCUCAGGAUCUGCUUCAGCUUCCGGCUCAGGUUCCGCUACAACCUCUGGCUCUGCCUCUAACUCAGCUUCGAGCUCAGCUUCGAGUUCAGCUUCGGGCUCAGCUUCUGGUUCAGCUUCCGGUUCAGCCUCGGUUUCCACUCGUACUGCCUCCAACGACGCUGUCACUGCUGGCGCCUACGGUGCUGCUGCUGGUGCUGCUCUUCUCGUCGCCGGUCUUUUCUAG